GUUGGAUUAUUUGGAGUUGGUCAGUACAAAGAGCAAAGAACCCUAGGCUGCUCGUCCCCUUCUGAAAAACCCUAAACCCGAAGAUGCCGUUCAAGAGGUACGUUGAGAUCGGGAGGGUCGCCCUCGUCAACUACGGCGAAGACUAUGGAAAGCUCGUCGUCAUUGUCGACGUCAUUGAUCAGAAUAGAGCUUUGGUGGAUGCUCCUGAUAUGGUCAGGUCUCAAAUGAACUUUAAGAGACUGUCUCUUACUGACAUUAAAAUUGACAUUAAGAGGGUUCCCAGGAAGAAGGAACUCAUUGAAGCUAUGAAGGCUGCUGAUGUUCAGAAAAAGUGGGAGGAUAGCUCUUGGGGGAGAAAACUGCUUGUCAGAAAAAGGAGGGCAUCCCUGAAUGAUUUUGAUAGGUUCAAGCUAAUGUUGGCCAAGAUAAAGAGAGCUGGAUUGGUCAGGCAAGAGCUUGCAAAGCUGAAAAAGAGUGAAUCUUAGAAAGUGCAUUUCUUUAACUUCAAAUUUUGUUAGAGAACAACUUAUCAGGCGUGGUCUGUUGGCCCUAUUGUUUCUCAAGCCCUCGAGAGACUGGGGGGUGUAUGUGAACUGUGAAGUGCAUUGAAUUUUGGACAUCAAGUGUAGUGAGUUUUUCCCAAUGUACCAACAUUAAUCGAAGUUGAUUAAAAAUUCAUACUUGAAUAUGCUGGUGUUUUCCUGCUUAAGUGUUAAAUCAGAUUUUUGAACCACUUGAUAAGGUUUUUGUGUUUCCUA